UUAGCAAUUUAAGUUGUUAUACGAUAUGAAAUUUGGGAGGAAGAGAGACUCCGAAGAUAAAGAUGCGGCUACAAAUAAUGAAACUGCGCUUAAUGGGAAUUCUUCCAAUGUGACAUCAAAUGGAAGUGGGCACGUGAAAAAUCCAUCUGACUUGUCCAUUUACGAGCAGAAUCAUAAUCAGGAUCGAGGGAUUUUAACGCACAACAAUGGAGUUUCUUCUGCUGGAGUUGAUGAAAAACUGCAUAAGUCUUUGCUUCCUCCUUUUGAGUCAGCUGAAAUGCGUACUUUAGCAGAGAGUUUAAGUAGGGAUAUCAUUCGCGGUAGUCCAGAUGUUAAAUGGGAAAGCAUUAAAGGGUUAGGAACUGCCAAGCAUCUACUCUAAGAAGCAGUUGUCAUGCCCAUAAAAUAUCCAAAGUAUUUCACUGGUCUUCUGACACCAUGGAAGGGUAUUCUCCUAUUUGGACCCCCAGGAACUGGGAAGACUAUGCUAGCAAAAGCUGUUGCAACGGAGUGCAAUACCACAUUUUUCAACAUUUCUGCAUCAUCAGUUGUCAGCAAAUGGCGGGGUGACUCAGAGAAAUUGAUUAAAGUAUUAUUUGAGCUGGCAAGGCAUCAUGCUCCAUCGACUAUAUUUCUUGAUGAGAUUGAUGCAAUUAUCAGCCAGCGAGGUGAAGGGCGCAGUGAGCAUGAAGCUAGCAGACGUUUGAAAACUGAGUUGCUCGUACAGAUGGAUGGUUUAACUCGGACGGAUGAACUUGUUUUUGUCCUGGCAGCAACAAACCUCCCCUGGGAACUAGAUGCAGCCAUGCUCAGACGUCUCGAGAAACGGAUCCUUGUACCUCUCCCUGAACCUGAAGCUAGAAGAGCCAUGUUCGAGGAAUUGCUACCAUCAAACUUUCAGGAAGAGAAAAUUCCUUACAAGUUGUUGGUGGAAAACACUGAAGGUUUUUCGGGUUCUGAUAUUAGGCUAUUGUGCAAAGAGGCUGCAAUGCAGCCCCUUAGACGGCUAAUGGCACUUCUUGAGGACAAACAAGAACUGGUACCUGAGGACGAGUUGCCCAAAGUUGGACCAAUUACACAUGGAGACAUUGAGAUGGCUUUAAAGAACACUAGACCAUCUGCUCAUCUCCUUGCUCAUCGCUAUUUGAAGUUUAAUGCCGACUAUGGCAGUCAAAUACUCCAGUGAAGGCACACGGUUCUAUUAUACUAUGUUUUCGGAACUUGUUAACAUAUUUAUUGUUCUGUAUUUUCAUAUUGAGUUUAGAGACCUGUAAAACUCAAAUGGUGAAGAAUCUAGCAAAAGAAAACAAAUUAAAAACACUGGUGUGAGAUCAAAAUAAGAAUUUUUACUCAU